AUGGGUGUGCAAGGCUUGUGGGAUUUAGCUUCACCUGCGGGGCAGCGGGUGAAUUUUACUGCCCUGGAGAACAAGGUGGUGGCCGUCGAUGCGAGCAUUUGGAUGUACCACUUCCUGAAGGCGAUGCGAGACGAGAAAGGUGACAUGGUGAAGGGCGCGCACUUGAUUGGCUUCUUUCGGCGCAUUUGCAAGCUGCUGUACCUCAAGAUCCGCCCUGUCUUUGUUUUUGAUGGCCCUCCUCCUGCCUUGAAGUGGAAGACUUUGAGGCUGCGAGCACAGCAGCGGGCCUCGGAGGAGAGGCAGAGGCGCAAGGUGGUGGAGCGCCUGCUGCGGAACCAACUGCAGCAGCACCUUCUCCGUGCGCGGGCGGAGGCGGGGGAAGCUGCGCCGGCCGGGGAGCCCGGCGCGGCUUCGGCGCCAGAGGACGCCUUUCCGGAUGCGCAGGCUCAGGAGUCGGAGAUGCAGACAGAGGCCCAAUCAGAGUCAGAGGACCGUCUGUUGCAGAGGCCCCGCCGCGCCGCCGGCGCCGCGUGGGUGUGGUGCCGGGCUUCCAGACCUUCGCGAGUCGUCGGGGCGUGGCGGAGGUGGUGGUGCCGGAGCUGCCGCAGGAGCCGCUGA